UUCUAUUUUCAAGUCUCUUCACUUAUUAAUUCAUUUGGAUUCUCCAGUUUCUAAACUCAACGAUUCGACAUUUUCGGGGUGAUUUGAUUUUGGGUUCUUUUUCUUUGAUAGUUUAUGGGAUGUGGGGGUGCGUUUAUUGGUGGGAAAUCAUGAAAUUCGGUGCUGUUUGUGUGCUUUUUUUGUUUGGGAGAUCGAGAUAAUGUAGGUCAAAAUUUCAAUGGACGGCCGAGAAUUUCAAUUAUCUGUACCGCGUUUGAGUUUGGUGACUUGGGUCGUGUUUCUUUCCCUUUUGCACUUGAUUUUUGUAUGAUUUCAGGCAUUUGUUGAACUGAUAAACUCAUCAAUCAACAUAAAUUCGUGUCAUGUAUGGCUUCUCAUCCUUGUGUGCAUGGAAGUGGAGUUUGGGGUUGAUGGUGAUAGUGAAGUGGUGGGAAAUUCAACUCUGGUGGAGGAUAGUAAACCACUUGAUGAAAACGAAACAGGUGUAAGUUCGAUCGAAAGGAUUUUCGAUCACGACCGGGAUGAGAAAAUCAUUCAAGAUUCAUCUGGAAGGAAUGCAAUUCUGGAUUCAGUUCCUGGAUUGCCAGUAGUUCAAGGAGAUGAGCCAUAUAUUGGCCAGGAAUUUGAAAAUGAGGCAGCAGCUCAUGCGUUUUAUAAUGCUUAUGCUACUCGUGUUGGUUUUGUGAUUCGUGUUAGCAGGCUCUCGCGAUCGAGACGUGAUGGAACGGCUAUUGGACGUGCACUAGUCUGCAACAAGGAAGGUUACAGAAUGCCGGACAAGCGGGAAAAGAUCGUGAGGCAAAGGGCGGAGACAAGGGUAGGCUGCAGGGCAAUGAUCUUGGUGAGGAAAAUAACUUCUGGGAAAUGGGUUGUCACUAAAUUUGUAAAAGAACAUACUCAUCCUUUGUCACCUGGGAAAAGUCGAAGAGAUUGCAUAUAUGAUCAAUAUCCGAACGAACACGAUAAGAUACGUGAGCUAUCUCAACAGCUUGCAGUUGAGAAAAAGCGAUCUGCGACGUAUAAAAGGCAUCUAGAAGUGAUAUUCGAAUACAUCGAGGAGCAUAAUAAUAACUUGUCGAGAAAGAUCCAACAUAUAGUAGACAAUGUGAAGGAGAUGGAAAACAUAGAACAGCAGAAUCUUAGAUAGUAUUUGGCCAUACUUUUAUACUUGCAAUUUGGGAUUUCAAAAUGGGUUGCUGGAUGGAUGAAGAAAUUGUUAGGUCAGUGGUAUUCAUUGUGAUAUCUUCCAGCAUUUGGUUGCUAAUUCAGUUUCACAAAAAUGGAGUAUUGCUUAUGGUAUUCAUUGCAUGUAAAUCCAUGUUUUGUACAGUAUUCGAACGAUUUUUAUCUUAUUUUGAGACGUUAUUGAUUAGCUCAUCUUUAUGAA